AUGUUUGGCGCCCGUCGGCAUCGCCCGCCGAACCCGCCACUCACCGCAGCAACCGCAAACCCCAAUGCAGCGACCGCCGCAGCAGCCGUCUUCAAACGGCAUGAAUCGAAUCCAACCCUCUCCGCGGCAGCGGCCGCCGCCGCGCUCCGCGCGCGACCCACGACCCCGACACGAGUCGCCGACGUGCAGACCAAGCGAACAGUACGCCGGAGCUCCUCGGUCGCAUCAACGGGCACGGCAUCAGAGCAGGGAGGACGCGAUCGAGCGGGGGGGUUACAGAGGCGCGGCAGUAAUGGAUCUAUGACGGAGCGGACUGCCCCGAGUAUCGGCGGCGGCGGCGCCCCCAUCCGCCUUGCAUCGCAGAAGCUAGCGUUGGGGGAUCUCGGGAGCGUGCGGAGGACCGAUCCCGCUAUGGCGAGCCCCCCGUCGAGUCCAUUGCCCGUGAUCCCGCGGGAGGACGAUGGCCAGGUUGUUGGGGAAGCACGGCCGAGCAGUCAGGCGUCGUCUAUCAACUUUUCUUACCCGACGCGGGCGAGGCGUGGAUCUGCGGAUUUUCACUCGGUUGCGGAACUGAACCAAGGGAACGAUGGAACGAGGCACACGACGAGUGCAUUACCUGGGGAAGGACAUUCUUCUACAGUAGCUGUCAAACAACCACCGAGUCAACAAGCUUUAGCAUCGCCGAGGAGGGCCCAGUCCAUUUCCGUCGCUCCCGACCAGACAUUGGUGUACGAUCCGAAUUCUAGGAGAAUGAAAAAGAAGCGAGCACCGCAGAGGGCGGGAUCGCAUCUGGCGGCCAGGUCGUUAGGCCGCACAAAGAGUUUGAGCUCGUACACGCCCUCGGCAACCAACGAGACCCGCCCACAAUCACAACCACAACCGGUCGCGAGGCAGGCGAAUCCAGCAACACCGAAACCCACCGCAAAUUCCAACACUGAAGCACAAACUGCAGCCGCAACUAGUCUGGCUGGGGCUUCGCCAAAAUCGGAGCGAAGACACGCUGACAGCCACCCCGUUCGAGCGCCCGUGGAACCGCUCCGGGCCGUUGCUCCUAGUUCCCACCUGUUAGUUCCGGGCCCGUCAAGUUCCUCCCAGUCCGUUGUGAGGAGACAGCCAUCCGUGAUCCAGGAAGGCUCCGAACCGGAGGAUAUUGAAGACCGAAAACCGACCCCGGCACUGGCUCCGGCCGCUUCGGCCGCGGCAGCUAGCACAAACACCCACGUGCCUGCAACACCACCGCAAAGUUCAGCCGGUCCCUCGGCCCGCUCCUCGGCAACUCCUACGACACAACAGCCUGCACAGAGGCUCAACGUUGCCCCUGUCGAUGUCCCAGGGAGUGGCAGGCCAGGAACAGCAACAACUGCCCCAGAGCACGGAAGAGCCGCGGACAUUUCCCGCGAGAGAACACACUCCAGCAGUCCAGCUCGACAAGCCCAUUUCGGCCCUGUGCUGGACAACCCAAUGAUUAAGCACUCGCCGCCCCCUCGCCCGUCUCGCGGGGUGUCCCCGGCCGGCACAACGUCUGAGGCUUCUGGGAGCAAGUCCGUCCGCGUCAGUUUUGAGGAUAAUAAUAGUGAGGAACCUAGGAAUGAUGUAUCGCUCGCUACGAACCAACGUGCCACUUCCCCAGCCACGGCCACCAACCCUCUACAAUCAAACCGCCACAGUUGGCUCGCCAAUCUCGGCCACAGCCAAGCCGUCCCCGCCUUCGAUGAUGAUACGGUCAUGAAGCCGCGGCCGGCAUUGCCAAGCUUCGGCAGCGUCAGGGACCGAAAACCGAGGGACAACGCGCCCACUGAGGCGGAGCGGCCCCUUGUCCGGCCAAAGGGCGAGUCCAAAUACCCCUCCACGUCACCGUUACUGCCCAGUCCCACGCUAGGAGGGCCAAGCAGUGGUCACGCUGUGGGGGGCAGCGUUCUUGAGAAUGUACAUCAUCAUAGUGAGCGGGCUCAACAGACGACAACGGGCCUUCCGGUCGACAAUAGCUCAUAUGACAAUCAACAAAGGGAACCGCUACCUCCGAUUGUGACGAGUGUGGAAGGCACGGGGUAUAUCAGUGACGACAGUUCUGAUGCGAGUUCCUUGCUGAGCUCGGAAUGGGAUCAGUCGCACACGUCGCUGCCUGCGCUGGUUGCGGAAGCGUACUCGGCGCCGGCGCCGCCUGCGCAUGCCGAUACCACAGCACAAGAGUUGCAAAUCCCUGGGAUCUCGGUCCAAAAGCCGACACCAGUCGACGCGGACACUGAAGACCGUGAGGAGUACUUCGUGGACGUUCCCGGCGGGUUUCCUGAAGAUGGGUCGGAUGAGUCGACUGUCUUGACCCCGAACGUACCGAGGGAAGCCGCGCCAGCAGUCCAGGCUGUUGAGGCUCCUGCCGUAGCCCAAGCGCCCCAAGCUGCCGCGGCGGAAACGUCCAGUGAUUCGGACAACGAUGUAUUCAGCGACGCCUACGAAGACCUUUCGGACGUAGAAGGGGAUGGUUUCCAGUCCCUCGAUGCCGCAGUGGACAGUCCGGUUCAACAGAGCCCGCCGCGCCCGCGUCCCGGCGUCCCGGCGGAACAAAUAAGUCCUGAGCCCCGACGACGACAGACAAUGCCCGGUGUUGUGCCCCAACUUCUCCCUGACCUCUCUUCCGCCACGACGGCCGUUGAAGACCAACCUUCCCUGGCGCCUGAAGAUGACUGGGAGAAAGCCAAGGCGUUCUGGAAAAGUCUCACGGCCGAGAAACGGGCCCAGCUAGCUCAAGAAGCCAGGGAAGAGGCCGGCAUCGAUGCAGACAAGGACGAGGCGCAACCAGAGCUGAAGCAGCAGCCGCAGAAGAAGAAAAAGACGGUAGAGCGGCGGAACUCGGAGCGUAAAGCGUUAGCGGCUCGCGUAGCGCAACAGCAGGCGGCGGUUCGUAAUGCACAACAGGGUCAGCAGGAGACAGCGGUGCACCGCCCGGAUCGGACCUACAUGAUCAUACCUGGGGAGCGGUGGGCUGGGGAAGACGACGAGUUAGCGCUUCCGCGGAUGCGGACGACAAUGCGCGGGGCGACAUCACAGCCGCAAGACCCGGCCAGCUUGUCUUCAGGAUCUCGACUGCGCAAGUCGAUGCGAGCGAACGGUUCCGGUCCGAGCAGCAAUAGCCAUCAACCGCAGAGGCCUGAUUCCCAGGCGGCUGUCCAGCGCCCGGGGUCAUCCUCAGUAGCGAUGGCGCCGACGAACUUUGGACCUCGAACAAACUCGGCAAGUCAACUCGAUGCCGGUGUGCAACCCGUUCCACUGGGGCGACGGGGGUCGACAGGCAGCGAGAGCAGCUUCCGACGGACCCGAACUCGGCCUACAAAACAGGGAAGCUUAGGAGCCGGGUUCCGCCAAUCGAUGCGGCCCAUGUCCUCCUCAUCAGUCCCACAAGGCGAACACUUUUCUUCCAACAAACGGUUCUCCCUCAGAGCACUUUCCCCCACCGGCUCGGCAUCACCCCCCUCGGGUGUCCAGAUGCGGGCCACGCUCCGCGAGACAUCCGCCGCGAAACGGAACUCCACCGGCGGCAUUCGCAUGCCCAGUUUCAGUCUCGGCAAGAAGAGCGGGUCGAAAACUGCUGCUUCGGGGGGUGGCCGGAGGACUAAUUCGCGCCUGUCCAGCCGGCUUGCUGAUUCCAGUGAUGAAGAAGGGGGAGGAGGCGGUACCGGAUCGGGGUUCCAGAGCCGGUUUGAGGACUCGAGUGAUGAUGAGCCUGUUGUUGUGCCUAUCCCCGCUGCCUCGCUCCCGAAAUCUAAAUCCGGAGGAACCGUCCCGAGCGCGCCAGUUCAGCAGCAGCAUCACCUGCGAAAGGAAACUUCACUUGCGAGCACAGCGCUUUCGGAAGAACUGGAAGAAGAAGAAGAAGAAAGCGAUGAACCAGCAGCAGGUGUCGUCGCCGGGCCAUCUUCCCCCAAGACCAACACAAAGAACUCCCCGCAGUCACCCGCAGCGCUCAACACCACCACUCUCCACCGCACCCGCUCUGGACGAGGCCAACUAGCCAGCCCGAUCCCAUCAACACCCCCUUCCGCCUCCAAGACGAAGAACAACAAGACUUCGCCCGAAGCCCGCACCUCCCGCCGCAACAGCCUUCUCUCCGUCCUGCGUCACCGUAAAAAGGACAGCGGUAGCAACAAGAUCGGCCGCGCCGACAUCAGCGAGAGCGCUGCACGGCGGGAUACCAAGCUGGAGCGUACCGUAGGCCAGCUUGAGGCGAUUCGGAGUCGGAGUCGGGGGGGGGAUGCGGAAGUGGAAGCGGAAGUGGAAGGCGAGGAGGAUGAGGCGGGCCAAGAGGUCACAACACCGAGCUCGCCCAGUGGUAGGGGUUUACGUCUGCAGAAACCAUCCAGAACCGCCCCCGCCAUCAUCUCCCUCGCUCGUCACGACAGCGGACCUACUCCUACCACCACCACCACUACCUCCCUACCUUUUGCCCCGUCUCAAAUCUGCCGCUCCAGCACAUCCAGAAAUCUCGGUACCCGGACUCUCAGCGGCGGUGGUGGUGGUGCUAGCAACGGAGGAUUCAUGAGUCACUUCCACCGCCACCAUCAUGACCUUGAUCAUCCGUCAUAUUCCCCGCCAUCGCCACAACUGCGGUCACCUCAACCGCCACAACCGCAGUCGUCGGCGCAGUCGUUACUGCAGCAGCAACAGCAGCGUCGGGUAUCCUCUAUGGGGUUUGACGUAGCUAGCGUGGAUGGAUCGGCCGCGGGGGCAUCCUCAACGACGAGGAAGAAGCGGUUUUCGGGGUUGAGGAAGAUUUUGGGGAUUCAUGACUAG